AUGCAAUUCAUCUGCAGCCCCAUAGCUGCAACAAAAACAGAAAAAGCAAAAACAAGAAACACAUCGCCUCACUCAAACACAAAACAAAGCAGCAGCCGCAGCAGCAGCAGCAGCAGCAACAACAACAGCAGCAGCAACAACAAGAGCAGCAGCAACAACAGCAACAGCAACGGCAGCAGCAGCAACAACAACAGCAGCAGCAACAACAGCAGCAGCAGCAGCAACAGCAACAACAACAGCAGCAGCAGCAGCAACAACAGCAGCAGCAACAACAGCAGCAGCAGCAGCAACAGCAACAACGACAGCAACACCAACAACAGCAGCAGCACCAACAACAGCAACACCAACAAAAACACCAUCCCCAUAACUAUCAUCAACAUAAGCAUAAAGAUAUAA